UCACAUAGCAAGAUGACUGAAGCCAUGCCAGUAACACUGGCGAAGCUCCACGGCAAGGUGGCCAUCGUAACCGGCGCCGCCAGAGGAAUCGGUGCAUUCACAGCCCGCCACUUUGCCGACCACGGAGCUCGCGUUGUCGUGAUCGCUGACGUCCAAGACUCCAAAGGCAAAGAAGUGGCCGCUUCGAUUGGCUCCCACCGCUGCACCUACGUCCACUGCGACGUCACCGACGAGGACCAAGUCAAGUCCCUAGUCGACUCUACCGUCGAACAGUACGGCCAACUCGACGUCAUGUUCAGUAACGCCGGCAUAAUGAGCGCGUCGGUGCAGACGGUGCUGGAGCUCGACCUGUCUUGGUACGAUAAGGUGAUGGCGGUGAACGCUCGGGGAAAUGCGGCGUGUGUGAAGCACGCGGCGCGUGCGAUGGUGGGGAAGGGAGUCAGAGGCAGUAUAGUGUGCACGGCGAGCUUCGUGGCGGAGUGCGGGAGUGAGAGCGCGACGGACUACACGAUGUCGAAGCACGCGGUGCUGGGGCUGGUUAGGUCGGCGAGCGUGCAGCUGGCGGCGCGUGGGGUGCGGGUGAACUGUGUGUCGCCGGGUCUGGUGGGGACGCCGUUGGUGACGGAGACUUUUAAGAUCGGGGAGGAAGAGCUGAAGGAGAAGUUGGCGGCGGUUUAUACAGGAAGUGAGGGGCCGAUGAUGGAGAAACACGUGGCGGAUGCGGUGGUGUUUUUGGCGUCGCAGGAGUCAGCGUUCGUCACCGGCCAAAAUUUGGUGGUUGAGGGGGGAUUUGGCAGCAAGUCGUUAUCAACAAUAUUGAAACCAUGAUAUGGGCGUGAUUGUAUCUCAUCUACUCAAUAAUAAGAGUAAUUCUGUUGUCUAGCUACUACUUGUCCAAACCUGUAUGGGAUCCACAAAAACGACAGGUCUGUCUCUUUCAGUCUUUCGUAAUAGAAAUAAUAAAUCAAAAUA